GCCCAUGGCAACAUGAAAGCUGCUACAUCUUCAGCUCCCUCGAAGGGUAAGAGGUCACCGGAUGCUCUCCGAGAGCCCAGGCCCCGAAAGAGGGAGAAAUAUGCAAAAAUGGCCUGCUCCCUAUGCAAGAUCCGAAAGGUCAAGUGUAGCGGCAGCCAACCCUGCAAUCGAUGUGAGGAGCUCCAUAGCCAAUGUACCUACAGCGAACCGUUUCAGCCUGAGACUCUUGACGGCUUCGACCCACAGCCGGCACGCCGAGACUCCGAAGUCACGGUCUCGCAGAUCAACAGGAUAUGUGACCAGAUGCAACAAUCUAUCAGCCACUCUGAUCUCGCUCCUCCACGUAGGUCUUCCUGUCUGCAACGAAGACAAGAGAACGACGAGCAUUCCCAGCCAAAUAAGCCUCUCACUCCCACGGAUCCGGGUCACACCUUGAGCCUCACGCAAGAUGCUAUGAGAGAAAGGGGCCUGCUAUCUCCUCUGCACUCCGAAGCUGGCCAUCCAGUCGCUCGAAAUGAAGUCAAAUUCCCCGAUACUUUGAUCAACUUACUACAGGCUGCACGGCCCUUGCUAGAACUCGGUCACCAGAAGGUCACUCAGCUCUUUACAAUAUUCAAGAACGAGGUUUACCCUUUCUAUCCUUGUGUCAGCUUAGACCUGGGCAACGAAGCUAUCAACGAUGUCUUUUCAAUGUUGAAUAAUACUUCCCACGGGGCCAUUCUCAAUGUGGAUAUAAUCGAUGUGGAGAUCACAAAGGCGGUUGUGGCAAUUGCCUUGCUGCUCAGAGAUGACACACAAAGCCCUUUGGCCUCUGAUCUUGAAGGCCAGUUGGUGUGGAGCGUGGAUUAUUGUUUCGAUCAAGAGAAGCCCCAGGUUGAAGAUAUCGUAGUGGCAAUAUUGCUGGUAAGAUGCUCAGUCCGUCUCCAGUCACGCGCGCCCAUUACUAACCAAUGGGCAACCCUGGCUCCCACGCAGUCUAUUUAUCUCGGCCUCAAGAACAGACCAGUCAAGGCUUGGCGAAUAGCUGGAGUAGCUGCCAAGCUGUGUCUCGAAUUUGGUCUCCAUCGAGAAAGGUUCUUCGAAGAUUCUCAAGUGCUCCAACGGCGAAUUACCGACUGGAAGCGUCUAUUUGCCUGUGUUUAUCGUCUUGACAGGCAAUGCAGUUUCUAUUCAAGUCUACAGUGGACACUUCAUGACAAAGAAAUAAAUUUGUCCGCACUCACAGUAGAACCGCAAGAGUCCUACAUAUCAAUCAUGAUCUCCCUGGACAGGAAUCUAUCCGAGACAUGGACGGUCGUCAACGCUCCGUCAUCUCAAUCCAAAAACAACGAGGAACGAGUCGAAUUUCUUAACUUCCAACUACAAAAGUGUGUCGACAAGAUACCAACCGGGGACUUCAAGUCCCUAGAGCCAACAGUAUCCCCACCACCAUGGCUACAAGCUGGACUGAAAAAGUUCUGCCGCCUCCGCGUGCACCACAUCAAAAUACUCACACAAAUAAGCGCAUCGGGCUCAAUCAGGGAUUUAAUCUCGAACCCAACCUCAACCAAUACCCUCGUUACCGCAGCCGCAAAAUCAGUCGAUCUGCACUUAGAAAUGGUUAACGCUGGCGAAAUCAGCCCCCUCGUGUUACCCACAAUGAUGAAAUUGCUUCUGGCCUCUAUAUCAAUCUUGAUGUUUGCCGUCUCACACUGUCCAGACAAGUAUGGACCACUGUGUAGCAAGCCCUUCGAAACAGCCAUCCAUAUCCUCAGCGACGCGCAGAACUACGUCAGAGACCCGGGUUUGAAUAUUUGGGGUACCUUACAUGUAUUGGAGAAGGUUGUCCAAACGAGCCAGAGGUCACGGUCGCAGCGGUCAGCGCCCUUGAUCGGUUGCAAGGAAGAUAUUAGCAGUAGUGUCGAUCAGGGGGGGGGUCUUCUGUGA